AUGAUCGAGAAUCAUGUGGAUGGGUACUUCCCGGAGCUUCUAGCCAAGGACCUUGAGAGGUCUGCAGUCAUCAUCGCAACGCAAAACCUUCCGCUUGGCAAUGCCGAAACAAUGACAUCUGAAGCAAAAGGUGCAACUUCAUCUCAUGGUUGGCCCUCACGACAUCCCCAAACUCCACAACAUCAGCUUGCGUCCAGAACAGGGCGACAAUUGGGUUCAAUCCAAGAGCGCCGCUCAGUUGUGUCCUUUGUCGACCACAGCGCCCACACAGACUACUCUACAACAGACGAUGAUUCCUUUUACGCCAACGAGGGAUGCAUAAGCACAGUCUGUCCAUCCUCCAUCGCACGCCACGAACUGAUGACCAGUACUGCAGCGACAUCUCUCGCCUCCAACAUAUCGGUCCCAUCACUAAACAAGACUCUAUCAUACGAUUCGAAAUUGGAACACAGCUGGAUUGACGCCGACUCGGAUGAGGAUGAGCCAGAGCAGAUGGUAGAGAAUCACAUUGGCUCCCUCUCUCCACGGCCCCCUACCCCACCCGUAUCGGAGCUCGGGGCCAUGAGCCUCCAGAAUAAUGAGAAAGUUGCUCGCCAGUCAUCAACUCGCUCUCGGAAAAGCGCAAGACCGUUCAAUGAUUCAAAACCCUCUACCCAUCCACCUUACAUCCACGAUGACAGCGACAGCGACAGCGACGAAGUUUCUAUUGCUCCACGAAAGACAUCACAAAAUCCCGUCUUCAUUCGCCCAUCUCCACCCCCGUCCCCUUUGCCCACUGUGCAGUCGUGGCUGCAUGGAAACGCACUUCCAUAUGCUGCCCAGUGCCAGGGCGAUGAUCUAGCCAAAGCCGUUCCUCUCCCUCCGAACAUAAUAGAGACUUUGAGAGUCUCCAUUGCUUGCUUUCCCGAGACGAUGCUCUUAACCUCAAGCUUGACCAUCGAGACAAUUCGCAUCUACUCGAGGAAGGUCAGGCAACCAAGCAUCGAGCUCGUCAACAAUCUGAUCCCUGACCCGCCAGUCGAGAAUCCGCGCAAAUCACUCUGGAGGAGAGUCGUAACUUAUAAAAGAGGCUCGUCAACUUCACCUCGUGACCGAACACGCUCCCCAAGCCCCACGGAGCAGAGCUUAAAAUCACCCAGUUCAAGCUCUCUACCCCCACCCUCACCCAAGACAUGGUUGCCCUUGAAGAGCGUGUUUGGAUGCUGCUCUGACUACAUUUGCGAGGCACUUUGGGCACACAUUGUGGCCUAUAACUAUAUCUCGGCUCUCAUCCCCCGCGCUCCUCCCCAAGCUAAUCGACAUCGCUCGUCCACCUCGAAUGAUUCGCAGAAGGACGAGAUACCGAAGAAAGCAGCAUCUAUUCUUGGUCUUGCGGCCUCUCAAGGUGGUUCAAUUCCAAGCAUUGAAAGACCCGCACUCAACAAGCUCCGUACCUCGUCAUCGUGGACUCUGAACAAGGAGGGAAUGGUGGCCGAGCAGUCAUCGCGAGCAGCAAGCAACGAGAAUACCACGAGGGAAAUCCAAACCGGCCUCAUGCGGUGCAUCGUGAGGCUUAUUGCUACCGCUCAAUUGAUGUCUGAAGACGACAAGGCUGACGAGAAGAUUGUCGAAAUGGAGACACGGGGAGUGGACAUGCUCUUCACUCGAAGCUUGUGCGAAAUUGUGCGGAUGUCCGAAGACUUCCACAACCAUGCCGGCAACUGCUGA